AUGCCAAAUCGCUGUGUAGCUUACAGUUGUAGCAAUACUACUAAUGUUGCGGGCAUCAGCACUUAUUAUUUUCCUAAAGACAGUUGUUUAAAGAAGAAAUUUGUUGAUCAAGUUAAGAAAACAAGGGACAAAUGGAGUGAACCAACUGCUCACAGUGUUUUGUGCUGCAAUCAUUUCAGUCAAGAUUGCUUUGAAGGAGGCUUUGAACUUGGCAAGGGAUUUGGGAUUAAAAAGAAAAGGAAGCUAAAAGAGAAUGCAGUUCCAACCAUAUUCAACAGAAAUCAGCGUGAUGACUGUGACUCCACUACAUCCGCAGACAAAGAGGAAAGCGUAUGA